UCUAAAGGUUUGAUGUUAUCAUUUAGUUUCUGCAAAAUCAGCUUUAUUGUAGAAAGUUUUUGUAUCACGCUUUAUUCUAUAUUAUAUAUUCUAAAACAUUUUUUCUAUAUUAGCAUGCGAAAAAUAUUUUUUAAUUAUUUUUAUUUGUGUUAGGAAUAGCAUUUCUAACCCUUUAAGACUAAGAUGAGAGACCAAUCUCCUGGUAUUUUGUGCGCUGUGUUUCUUUUGUUUUUUAUAUUUUCUAUCACAGAAUCUCACUUAUGGAAAGUUCCUGAAAAUUUUGAAAUUUCUAAAAAUAAUAUUUCUGAUGAAAGAAAUCUGGGUAUUUAUUCAAAUUACAGUGAAAGAGCAAGUUGUAACUGUAAGAAUGGUGACUGUGAUGACAAUGGUAAAGGUUGCGUGUGUUGGCCAGAUUAUGGAAAAGUAUCAGAAAACGAAUGUAAAGCAUGCAAUUGUGGAAAAGGACAUGGAUGUACUAUAACUCCUGGCUGGUUUGGAAGCAAAACAAUUACAUGCAUUUGUAAGAAAGGAUUUGUUGUAAAAGAUAAGAAGUGUGUAGAUGUGAACACUGUAUGUGACUGUGGAAGUGGAUUAUGCGUUGAAGAAGAUGGUAAAGCUGUUUGUAAAUGUAAGCCAAUGUAUGGAUUUAUAGAAACACAAAAAAAAUGCAUAGCUUGUAAUUGUGGCAAAGGUUGGAAUUGCUCUUAUUCGUAUUCAGGGUCAGUUAAGAACUGUAUUUGCACAAAUGGGUAUAAGCAAAAAGGAACUGGAAUGGAUAGAAAAUGUGUAGCUUUAACUGGUUGUGAAGACAACGGAGGAAACAAAGAAUGUCAGGAGAAAGGAGAAUUCUUUACAUGCAUUAAUGACGAACAGGAUGUAUCGAAAUACAGAUGCGAGUGCCAACCUGGUUAUAAAAUUAAGAACAAGAAAUGCAUCGCUUUAACUGGUUGCGAGGACAACGGAGGAAACAAAGAAUGUCACGAGAAAGGAGAAUUCUUUACAUGCAUUAAUGACGAACAAGGUGUAUCGAAAUACAGAUGCGAGUGCCAUCCUGGAUACAGAAUUGAGAACACGAAAUGCGUUGCUUAUUCGACGUCUUCAACAGUAAGUGUCAGUUCAUAUCCCACUUCGACAAAAACAAUAGCUAAUUCAACGACUACAGAAACAUCAACAACAGAAGUUCAAAAAAAAAAAUGUGAUUGUGGUGAAAAUUCCUAUGCAUGCCAAUGGAAUAAGAAAGGUGCACAACUGUGUAGCUGCUUUCCAGGUUACGCUCAAUUGGGGAAUAUUUGUUCAG